AUGGCACUAGCAAGAAUAGCAAGAAACAGUUACCGUCGAUCGAGUGGAGGUUCCUCCCGGCCCAACUACUCCACCGAAAAGGAUCUCCUGUGCGAAGGUCCAGCAGCACCCAAAUUUCCACCUCAUAUCACAGCUAACAUCUCGAAAUCCCUUCCUCAAACCAGCAUGGCAGGUGGCAGCUCCACGUUCAUCCCCAGCACCAGCUUUUGGAGCAGGGGAAUCAAAACAACCCCACUAGCCCGAUUUGGUCAGGCCGAGCGGGUCCCACUGGAGCCCGACUCAGAGUGCGAGGGCCCGCCAACUAAGUACCCGACGCUAGAGGCCACUAAACCGGGAGAGAAGCCUCGUGUGGUGGUGCUCGGGAGCGGGUGGGCCGCGUGCAGGUUCCUUAAAGGGAUCGAUACUAGGUUGUACGAUGUUGUCUGCAUCUCGCCCAGGAAUCAUAUGGUGUUCACUCCUCUGCUGGCCUCGACUUGUGUCGGGACCUUAGAGUUCCGUUCAGUGGCUGAGCCCGUGAGCCAGAUACAGGUGGCAUUGGCUAAGGACCCAAAUUCGUAUUUUUUCUUGGCUUCUUGCACAGGGCUCGACAAGGACAAACAUGAAGUGUACUGUGAGACGGUUAUUGAUGGCAAACACUCUGAAGAGCCGUAUCGUUUUAAAGUUGCAUAUGACAAGCUCGUCAUUGCUUCUGGAUCUGAGCCAUUGACCUUCGGCAUAAAGGGAGUUAAAGAGCAUGCAUUUUUCCUUCGUGAGGUGUCUCAUGCUCAAGAGAUUAGGAAGAGGCUUCUCUUAAACCUCAUGCUCUCUCAAAACCCAGGCAUCUCGGAAGAAGAAAAAGAACGUUUGCUGCACUGUGUCGUAAUAGGUGGUGGGCCCACCGGAGUUGAAUUUAGCGGCGAAUUGAGCGAUUUUAUCACGAGAGAUGUUCGCCAGCGUUAUGCUCACGUCAAGAACUACAUACGCGUAACCCUCAUCGAGGCGAACGAGAUAUUAUCAUCUUUCGAUGUUGGGCUAAGGCAAUAUGCUACAAAGCACUUGACAAAGUAUGGUGUUCGACUUGUUCGUGGUGUCGUUAAAGAAGUCCAUUCGGACAAGAUUGUCCUUAGCGAUGGAAGUGAUGUCCCUUAUGGUCUGCUCGUCUGGUCCACUGGUGUGGGACCUUCCGAAUUUGUGAAAUCGCUCGAUCUUCCCAAGUCUCCCGGUGGAAGGAUUGGUGUUGAUGAGUGGCUACGAGUACCGGCUGCAGAAGACGUUUUUGCCCUUGGAGACUGUGCCGGUUUUCUCGAACAGGUCGGGAAGCCCGUGCUUCCUGCUCUAGCUCAGGUGGCCGAACGGCAAGGGAAAUUUCUAGUUGAAUUAUUCAACCGAAUAGCGAAACAAGAAGCUGGCAAGGCUUUCUCGGCAAAAGAAGUGCCUCUCGGGGACCCGUUUGUGUACAAGCAUCUCGGGAGCAUGGCAUCCGUGGGGCGUUACAAGGCAUUGGUCGACUUACGUCAGUCCAAGGACGAGAAGGGCUUGUCCAUGGCCGGUUUCGUGAGCUGGCUCGUAUGGCGAUCGGCUUACCUGACGAGGGUCAUUAGCUGGAGGAAUAGAUUCUAUGUGGCUUUCAAUUGGGCAACUACUCUCGUUUUCGGAAGGGAUAAUUCAAGAAUCGGUUGA